CUGCACGCCAUCCGUUGGAAUAGUUUAUUCAUACAAUGCCUGAGUCAAAAAUCUCACCUUCCUCACCCAAAUCUCCUCUUAAUUCAAGAACACGGCCAUGGCCGUUGCUACCUCUUCUUUUACCCGCAAUUCUGCUUCCGGUGGUUGCAGCUAUAGUUGUUUACCAGCUUGACUCGUUCGACGCCGCCCCUAUGCCCCUCCACGAGUUGAGUGUCCCCUUCGAGCCGCCCUUGUUGCAUAACGACCAUAUGCUACAAGGGGCGGAGUUUUUGGGUGCCGGUAAGCUUCCGGGACCGGAAGAUUUUGCGUAUGAUUCCAGAUCUCAAGUAAUCUACACGGGCACUGUAGAUGGAUGGAUAAAGCUAGUGUGGGUGAACGACUCGGGGAGCGACACGGUUGUUGAGGACUGGGUCAACACUGGCGGUAGACCGCUUGGACUCACUUUGGGGCUCAACCAAGAAGUCAUCGUUGCUGACGCUUACAAGGGUCUAUUGAAAAUAAGUAGAGAUGGUGCUAUCGAGGUGCUAGCAGACGAAGCCGAAGCUAUGAAAUUUAAGUUGACGGAUGGUGUAGAUGUAGCUAAGGACGGCACGGUGUAUUUCACCGAUGCUUCCUACAAGUACAACUUGCACGAAUUCUUUCAAGACAUAAUGGAGGGUAGGCCUCGUGGUCGGCUUAUUAGGUUCGACCCCAUUUCAAAACGAGCCGAUGUGCUGCUCACCGAUCUUUACUUUGCUAAUGGAAUUGCUGUGUCACCUCAUCAAGAUUGUGUCAUCUUCUGUGAAACCCCCAUGAGGAGGUGCAGAAAGUAUUACAUUGAGGGCCAUAAGAAGGGACAUGUUGAAAAGUUCAUUGAUAAUUUACCAGGGAUGCCUGACAACAUCAAAUAUGAUGGAGAUGGCCAUUAUUGGAUUGCAUUGCCUACGGGAAAUACAAUGUUUUGGGAUAUAGCAAUGAGAUAUCCGAUGGUUCGAAAGGCAGCGGCUAUGGUUGAUCGGUGGGUAGGGUGGAUAGGUCGAAUCAAAUCGGAGAAAAAUGGUGGGCUGCUGGUGGUCGACAUUAAUGGGAAACCCGUUGCACAUUAUAGGGAUGUUGAAUUAACUAUGGUUACAUCUGGGUUUAAGCUAAAAAAUCAUUUAUAUAUCGGGUCUUUUAUCCUCCCUUAUAUUAUCCGUGUCGAUCUCGACCAACACCCAGCUGGACAUAGUCAGUAAUAACUCUUUCACUUUUACAGUUACAGGUACUUUAGUAUUGUUAUUGGUGUUGAAAAGUGUUUUCUAGAAUGAAACUGUAUUAUAUUUUACUGUUAUUUUUUUUAUUCUGUUUUCGUUCUUAUUGUACCAUAAAAGUUCGUAACAAGAUUAAUAUACUAUUGGUUAUCUGA